AUGUCUCCUCACUGCGACUCGCCGACCAACGGCUCCGACUCCGGUAACGGCUUCUCCCACUUCAACGGCAACGGCAAUGCCAAUGGCUUUACCAACGGAAACGGCGCCGUCUACCAGAACGGUAACGGCGUCAACGGCCACCACAGCACCAAAUCCAGCAUCCAACAGUCCCCCUACCUUCUUCCCACCGACCCCAGCGAGAUCCAUGAUCUCAUCUGCGUGGGCUUCGGCCCCGCCAGCUUGGCCGUCGCCGUCUCCAUGAACGACGCCCAGGAGGCAGGCCGCCAGCUCACCGGCCAGGCCUCCCCCAAGGUCCGCUUCCUCGAGAGGCAGCCGGCCUUCGCCUGGCACCCGGGCAUGCUGCUCUCCGGAGCCAAGAUGCAGAUCUCCUUCAUCAAGGACAUGGCGUCGCUGCGCAACCCUCGCUCCCAGUUCACCUUCCUCAACUACCUCCACAGCAACGACCGCCUCGUCGAGUUCACCAACCUCGACACCUUCCUGCCCGCUCGCGCCGAGUACGAGGACUACCUGCGCUGGUGCGCCUCCCACUUCAACGACGUCGUCGACUACGGCCGCGAGGUCGUCUCCGUGUCCCCCGACCCCCAGACCUCCUCCUCGGGCGGCGUCAAGACGUGGACCGUCAAGUCCCGCGACAUCAAGACGGGCCAGGUCAGCUCCUACCAGACCCGCAACGUGCUGAUCGCCAACGGCGGCCAGCCCAACAUCCCCAAGGUGCUGCCCGCCAAGCACCCCAAGAUCAUCCACUCGUCGCAGUACGCCCAGCUCGUGCCGCAGCUCCUCCGGGACAACUCGAGGCCGUACCGCGUCGCCGUCAUCGGCGCGGGGCAGAGCGCCGCCGAGAUCUACCGCGACAUCCACCGCGCGUACCCCAACUCCAAGACGUGGAUGAUUAUGCGCUCCAACUUCCUCAAGCCCGCCGACGACUCGCCCUUUGUCAACUCCAUCUUCAACCCCAGCUACGUAGACGAGCUGCACCCCAAGUCGCAGGGCUACCGCCGCGCCCUCAUCAAGGAGGCCAAGGCCACCAACUACGGCGUCGUCCGCCUCCAGCUCAUCGAGCACCUCUACGAGAUGCUCUACCACCAGAAGCGCCUCCUCGGCCUCGACGAGCGCAAGUGGCCCCACCGCAUGCUCUUCGGCCGCAACAUCGUCCACGUCGGCGAGAGCAAGGAGACGGAGCGCCUCCAGAUCCACGUCCGCAGCGUCGAGCACGGCCUCGACCUCGACGACGGCUUCGCCGACCAGCAGCUCCCCGGCGACGAGGUCCUCGACGUCGACCUCAUCGUCGCCGCCACCGGCUACCAGCGCAGCGCCCACAUCGACAUGCUCCGCGACAGCUGGUCCCUGCUGCCCGAGGUCGCCCCGCCCGCCAACGCCGCCGACCGCGAGAUCGUCGACGGCUGGGAGAUCACCGAGGACGGCGCCGACGCCACCUCCGGCUCCAGGAAGCUCGAGGUCGGCCGCGAUUACCGCGUCCGCUACGCUCCCGGUUCCGUCGCCCCCGGUUCUGGUGUUUACCUGCAGGGAUGCUGCGAAGCGACCCACGGACUGAGUGAUACCCUUUUGUCUAUUCUUGCCGUGAGAUCGGCCGAGGUUGUCGACUCCAUUUUUCCCUCGACCCCUAGGGCCAAGGCCGUUUCCAACUAG